UAUUAAUAAAAGUUUUUGGGAAACGAAUCAUAUAUUAUAGAAAUCUAUUUUAUCUAUAAUGCUCCAUUAUGCAUAAUGUUGUUUCAUUGCACUGGAGCUGCUUGACUAGAGAUAUCCAACCAUAAAUCCUGGAUUUACCUGUAGUGUAAACAAAUGCUAUGGUUUUGUUGCUAAGAAAACCAUUUAGGAACUCUUUAAUAUAUUCACAAAAUUACUUUGUUAAAAGGUUGUCACAGUAUAGCCAUGAAGAGCGACUGUUUCCAAAUUUACACAAAAAGGAGAAACAGCCGAUUAAAGAUGCCAUAGAUGAACGAACAAGACUUGGAAUUACAAAAAUCCUAAAAAAGGAUCCAAUUGACAUUAUUAAAACCAUAGAAAAAUCGGGUCUUAAAGGAAAAAGCUCGGGAAUUCCCACGUUUCUGAAAAUGCUAAAUGUAAGAGACGAAAUGGCCAAGGGUCAUAGCAGCGAAAACAAACGCAAGCCAAGCAUUGUCGUAAUAAAUGCAGCCGAAAACGAACCUGGGACUUUCAAAGAUAGAAUGCUUAUGACUUAUGAACCGUUGAAGAUCAUCGAAGGCGCAUUGAUUGCUUCUAAUGCUGUAGACUCAACUCUUUGCUACAUAUAUACUCGAAAAGAUUACUACGCAGAAAUGAUCAACUUACAAAAAGCAGUAGUACAAUCAUAUGGAAGCAAACUCUUAGGAAGAGACAUUCUUGGGACUAAUACGAAACUGGAUAUUCUUAUUCAUCCGGGUGCGGGUACUUAUAUCACCUCUGAAGAGUCAGCUUUAUUAAGAUCUCUUGAAGGUCAUUUCCCUAUUGCAAUGCAAAUGCCUCAACCAAUAACUACAAAGGGUUUAUUUGGAUUACCGACACUUAUGCUGAAUUUGGAGACAGCGGCAAGUUUAUCUAGUAUCAUGAAACAAGAACUGUCAAGUAACGAAGUUGAAAACAAUCAUCAAACUAAACUGUUUUGUAUCACAGGAGACGUGAAUAACCCAGGAAUAGUAGAGGGAAAGUUAUCUACUAGGUUGAAAGAACUCAUCGAAACACACGCAGGAGGUGUAAAGAAUGGAUGGGAUUCACUGGUUGGCGUAUAUGCUGGGGGGCCAGCUUCAGGAAUAUUAAACAAGGAGCAAUGUGAACGAACGACUAUGGACUAUCAGACUUUAGAAGCACUUGGAUGCUGUCUUAAAAACGGAUCACUUAUUGUGCUCAAUGAUCACAACGAUGUUGUUAAUAGUCUUCUCAACUUUUAUAAGUUUUACUCGAAAGAAAGUUGUCAUAUAUGCCCUGUUUGUCGUCCAGGAAUAGAAGACGUUGAGGAUGUAUUGAUUGACUUACAGCAUGGAACGGCCAAUUUCAAUGAAAUACAAAAUAUACUUUCACGUUUUCAACAACCACCACAAGAAGGUAUAGUGUGUGGUUUUGCUGAUAACUUUCGACGCCCAUUUCAGACUUAUGUAAACAAUUUUCAGCAUGAUCUAGUCCGACGAACACGAUGAUUACAUACAUUUAUUUCUGUUCAGAAUAAUAAAUUAAUGAUUUUAGAUAUUUAAUUUUCACUCAGAAUCCUCGCAAAUAACUUGAGUAAGAUACUGACCGUUCACUUGAGAAUCGGCGACCCCCAAUUCAUUCCAAGUGUGUACACCGGUACCUAGAUUUCCAACAAACACAGAAACACCUGCACCCUGAUCGACAAAAGCCGCUUUUGCUAAAGUAGUGUUUACAGCUCCUAAAGCUAAAGUCCACUUUGGUUGAACAACAGCAUCAGAUUGUUCGCAGGUGUAACCAGAAGGUAUAUCAAUGGAAAGUACAAGGACAUUCUGAUUAUUUAUCCAAUUGAUCAAAGAAGUUGUUUUUUUGUCAUUAGCGGGGUGGAAACCGCUUACAGUAUCAACAAUCAGCUCAAUAGGUGAAGAAAAUCUAUCCACGAAUUCGUCAAAUUUUUCAUUUGGUAUAUGUCCUCCUGCGGCUAAAAACAUGAGUAACUGUUUGUUAUCAACGUUAUAAGGCGUCAAUAAACGAAGAACCACAUUUACGCCAAUAGCACAUAACCUUCGUCCAGCAGCAACGGCCGCUGAUGCGUGGUCAUGCUGACCAACUACAAUACAUACUAAAGGCUGUGAGUUAUGGUUGGAAGCUGUGAAUCGUUUAUGUCCACCCAAGACAGAAUAUAUGAAUUGGGAAAUAAUCUGAGCAGCAUUUUCAAUAACGAUGUCUGUACUCGUUUUCGCAAUAGCCAACGCUAUAGCAUGAGAAAGAACAUCUGGCUUUACUGUGGUUAAUUUUUCACCAGAUAGCGUCUGUAGAAAGGUGGGAGCUAAGUGACUAUGACACUCCUUUUUCUGUUGUUGAGUUUCAUGAUUUGCCUCAACUUUAGAAUUUGAACCUUUGGAAGAAGAAUCAUUAAUCAUCAAGGAAGCCAAGGAAGCAUCAAUAUUGUUUUUGAAUUUCUUGGUAAAGGAAGGGCUUGGGUUUUUUGAGUCUGAGGAAAUAUCUUUUUCGUUAGAAUCCAAAACAUUUUCAUUAGGAUGAUAAUUUGUAGGAUGG